GCUGCUUAUUUGUUCGAUAUCGACUGGCCGACCAGUAGACAAGCUCAGGAAAAAGUAAAAAAAAAAAUAAGAGAACCUUACCUACCUACCAAACUUUCGAGGAUUUGGUUUAUUUUCCCUCUCCAUUGCGUUGCGAAAGGUCUCACCUUGACGCACCUCAACUACUCGAUCCCACCGGCUGAACUCCCGCGACUUUCCUCGCUUCAUUGCGAUUACACGUUGUCGCACUGAUUCAGACCCGCUGUCGAACAGGACCGCGAGACUCUGCUGCGUUCGCGUAACCGUACCUGAACCUCGGGGAUAGCCCAGUUUGCCAUUUCUGGCCUGCGCCCAUUCCUUCUUGGAUCCUCCCUCGCCGCCUCCGCCUCCUUCUGCUUGACUUCGCAAUCCACAAGCUUCCGAAUCUGUACAACGAUGAAGGUGCGCCAUUAAACCUAAGAACCCCUCCUCUGUUUGUCUUGAUUUCGUCGCAUGAUUACCUUUCCCUUCUGCUAAAACAUGCCUUUAAACGUGCCUGGCCAUCGGUCGCAAUCAUGUCGCGUUCCAAUCUGCAUAGCGAUUUGGUCGCAUCCGUAAAUGCCGUGGCUAACGUUAUGCGCUCUAUUCAGGCUCUGAGAAGAUCCAUCAAAGGCGAAAAGGAUAGGCCUCAGGUCUCCAUCGCCCCAAAGGCUGCAGUUGCUAUUGUUCCCCCUAAAAAGGUCAUUCGAGCCCUUUAUGAUUAUGAGGCAACUACUGCCCAGGAACUGAGCUUCUCGAGGGGUGAUUUCUUUCACGUUAUCGGUCGCGAAAACGACUCGGAUUGGUAUGAGGCAUGUAACCCGGCGCUUCCUGACGCUCGAGGUCUCGUUCCGGUAGCUUUCUUCCAAGCCCUUGGGCGUACCGAAAGAGAUAGUGGGUCAUCAGACCCGGGUCGCCCUUUGACCUUCAAGAAGGACGACCACGAUUCCGGAUUUUCCGAGACCAAUGCGUCGACUAUACCUCCUACACCGGCGUUGAGUCAACGUAGUUCCAAGUCGGGCACUAAAAACGGAGCUAUGGUUUAUGGAAUUGUGAUGUACGACUUUCAGGCAGAGAGGGCGGACGAACUAGAAGCGAAAGCUGGCGAAGCAAUCAUAGUGAUCGCGCAAUCUAACCCCGAGUGGUUUGUCGCCAAACCGAUCGGUCGCCUAGGAGGCCCCGGCCUCAUCCCUGUUUCGUUCGUAGAAAUUCGAGAUAUGUCAACGGAUACGGCCGUUCAGAAUCCCCACGAGGCUGUGAAACGAGCCGGUGUUCCUAAGGUCGAAGAGUGGAAGAAGAUGGCUGCCGAUUACAAGAAUAGCAGCAUCACGCUAGGCAAAUUUGAAGCUGGUGGUCAACCGAGUCUGGAACAGGGCAUGGAACGGAUGAGCCUGCAGCCGGGUUCCAACCGCCAGAGCCAACAGCAGAACCCUUCACUCCAACAGCAGUUUAGCGGGUAUCAGCAGCAAGCUCAACAGCAAUCCCAAAAUGCCGUGCAACAGAAUCAGUACGCCUCAAAAUCAUCCUCACAAUUAUACGCGCCUUUAUCAGCCCGGAUACCGCGAUACUGCUUUGCCGAGGACAAGUAUUGGUUUGUGAUCGAGGCAACCUUAGAAGAUGGCCGGCACUGGGAGCUUUCGCGUUAUUAUGAAGACUUUUACGAUUUCCAAAUCGCCCUUCUGACCGAGUUCCCUGCCGAAGCUGGAAAUACCGGCACACACAAGCGCACAUUGCCGUACAUGCCCGGCCCUGUUAAUUACGUGACCGACGCAAUUACGGAAGGACGACUACACAAUCUAGAUGCAUACGUAAAGAACUUACUAGGACAGCCGCCAUAUAUCUCGAGGUGCAACCUGGUAAAACAGUUCUUUGCUCCGAGAGAGGGAGAUUACGAGAUUGAGCCGAACGGCGAUGAGUAUAGACUAUCUGGGGGGUCCCGCUCGUCAGUAGACUCACCAAGAGAUGAUAACUCGCGGCAGUCGUCAAGGAACAAUCUGAAUGGAAAUGGAUACUCUGGAUUAUCGGCGGCUCCAAGACAGAUGCAAAAUGGUCAGCCGCAGAUGACUCGACAAACGUCAUCGCUUUCCCAACCCUCACAAACCUCGUUAUCACCAGGGAUCAGCCAGGGAGGGCCAUCUCUUAAGGUCAAAUUACAUUUCAACGACGACACGUUCUUAAUACGUGUACCAUCUGAUACCAACUUCCAACAAUUAUACGAGAGGAUUAGAGAGCGAACCAAGGUUUCUAGUGGAGAUCAAAUCCAGCUCUUCUACCGAGACGAGCAGAGUGGUGACAAGCUCAGCCUCCUGAGCAACAACGAUCUUAACUAUGCUCUAGAGCAUAACGAAAAGCUAGUUGUUUUUGUUGAGCAGGUAUAAGGCUUUUAAGGAUCGGUCGAUACCCCCAGAAUAUUUCCAUAUACAAUAUACCCAAUGCGCUUCGUUCUACUAGCAUUUACACCCGACAAUUCAGCAGCAGCUUUCGAAUUGGAUGCAGGAUGUAUCCUGAACUCCCCGGCAACCCUUAGCCGUGCUACCCUAACAUACCUACCCAAACCUACAGUACACGAAUGCUAUCUGUGUUCUUGGAAUAAGUAGCAAUAGUCUACGUUAUAGUGGUUAGAGUAGUGUUGUCUAGUGGUACGCGCAUUCGCUUAAGGUAGUUG